CGUCUAUUCCCGAUCCCGAAGAGCGAUACCAUGAGGUCUCGUCGAUCCCAGGGUCUCCAAGAUCCUGCAAAGUCCCUCUUGGUUCCGGCUCCGAGCAACACCUGAACUCUUCACCUGCGGCAGAUUAUUUCAAAGGGAGGAAAGAUGAGGGGCUGGUUUGACGCCUUCCGCAACGACGGUGGCCCAACUUUGUACAGUUACAGUAAUCGCACGCCGGUUACAGGAGACGUCAAUCUAAUCACCGUAUUCGUGAUAUUUUUCACCCUAUUGGCGGCAUUCCUGAUAAUCUUCCCGGGCAUUCGCAAGGAGAAAUUGGCAACAUUUUUGACCGUCAUCCUGAGCCUUGUCGUUGGAACGGCGAUUCUGGUGGCUCAAUACGGAUCAACAUGGCACACAACCUCCUCCAACAUCGUCAGUUCCUACAGCGCCUUUUCGAAGCAAAAAAUGGCUGCGGAAAUCGGCGGCUACAUUGGCCUGAUGCACAUUAACAUAACGUAUCGACUCUCGCCGGAAAAUAACGACUCCAGCGACGUGGAGUACAACGAGAGAUUCUGGUGGAGGACUCCCACGGAAAUGUCGGAGUCCUUCAAGGAAGCACUGUACAGAGGUGCUCCAUUUCCGAUAAUUUCGCUUGCCGAGUACUUCAGCCUCCAUCAGGAAGGUUUUUCCUGGGGCAGCAAGUAUCGCGAGGCAGGAUAUUAUUCCUCCAUAAUGCUGUGGGCUUGUUUCGCAUCCUGGUUGCUGAUGAUGCUGUUGCUGAUGGUGGUCCCACGGUACGGAGCGUACAAUAUGAUGCUCACUGGGUUCCUCAUGCUGAUGACCAACCUGACGUAUUGGUCCUUGUUGCCUUGCGAACCUCUCGUUGCCCACGUCGAUGGAUCCAUUCUCAUAUUCAAUUUAGGGUGGAAUUACUGGUUACUCUUAGUCGCUGGUAUCGGGUGUCUUUUUGCUGGCAUCGUGAUCACAGCCAUUGACCUGAUCUUUCCGCAUCAGUUCUCGACGAUAUUGGAGGUGGACCACGACACGCCUUACGAUCGGCACGUAAUCAUAGAGGAGAGCUUUGACAGGCGCAACACGAAGCGGAAAUUGGCGAAAAUCGAGGACGCCUUCGGCGACCGAAUAAUGAGGCAGUUGUCGUCGAAGCUGGGAAACGGCAGAGAGGACGAGCAGGGUGUUAUCAACCAGGCGUACACUUCCCACGAGCCGUCGGAACUCCACCAGGACUUCAAGGACGGAUCGAACAGGUGCAACUGGUCUUACCCCUUUCCGCCCAUGUCGCGGAGGAUCGCCACCUGAUCUGCUGGGUUGUAAUUUUAUAGGACACGUACCGUCGCGGCUCGGAUUGAUUUGUGAUAUGUACAUUUAAUAAAAAAAAAGAAAAAAAAUAUCCAUUCAAGCGUCGUGGUCAUUUCUUACGUUUGCUCACUUUUGUAUUUUUUUCAAGGUACCUGGCUUUUGCGGAUAAAUGGGAGAUUUCACAGGUGCUGUUGGUCUUCCCAGCAAGUCUGCGGAAACAUGAAAUAAUGAAAUGUUUAAAGAGAAGAGAGGAAUGAAAAAUGAUUAUUAAUGGACCCAUCAAGGAGCAUCGUCGUGGAACCUUUGCGGUCUCUGGCCACUCUCGAAUAAGUUAUUUUCGAAAGGCAACCUUGCGGAGACUUAUCUCUCUUUUGUGAAGCCGAGGAGAGGCAGACGUGAGUCACACCUUCCCCGCAAUUUCGCGGACAUAAAAGUCCCUAGUCGAUUGGCCCAUCCAAGGCCUGCUGGACCCGACAUCCGGGAGGGUUACCUGUGAAAGAUGAGAAUAUGUCCCGCCUUUACAUCCUGUUCGACUAGUUAUGGACGAUAUACUUUCGCACAUCGUAGGCAAUAAGACCCCGAGCAAACCUGAUUUUGGACGCCAUGCGGUUGCCAGGUACACGGAAGGAAUUAAAAAUUGAAUUAAAAAACCGCAGGGUCUAUUGCCCGAUCAAAGCUCCGAAAAAUUCCAGA